AUGGCCGGCCGUCGCGCCUUUCCGAUCAUUCGUGGCCUCAUCUCUCCCUCCCGGAGUCGUUCUCGUCUCUCCCCUUUCAAUCUCUUUUUUGACUCCCGAUCCGUCACCUACAUGCCCAGGCCGGGUGAGGGAGACCUGCGGCCGGUCACGCUCAUUCCUGGAGACGGAAUCGGUCCUCUGGUGACUAAUGCGGUCGAGCAAGUGAUGGAGGCGAUGCACGCUCCUGUAUACUUUGAGCGUUACGAAGUCCAUGGCGAUAUGAAGGAGGUUCCUCGAGAGGUAAUGGAGUCUAUUUUGAAGAAUAAAGUGUGUUUGAAAGGCGGACUGAUGACUCCGAUGGGCGGCGGUGUUAGUUCACUCAAUGUGCAACUCAGGAAGGAGCUCGACUUGUAUGCCUCGCUUGUUAAUUGUUUCAAUUUCCCUGGAUUGCCCACGCGACAUGAGAAUGUUGAUAUCGUCGUCAUUAGGGAGAAUACGGAGGGUGAGUACUCUGGCCUCGAGCAUGAGGUCCUUCCUGGCGUCGUUGAGAGCCUCAAGGUGAUCACAAAGUUCUCCUCGGAACGCAUUGCCAAAUAUGCGUUUGAGUAUGCUUAUCUGAACAACAGGAAGAAAGUGACGGCAGUGCACAAAGCCAACAUUAUGAAACUUUCAGAUGGUUUGUUUUUGGAGUCUUGCAGGGAAGUGGCAACCGAAUAUCCUAGUAUCGAAUACAAGGAGGUUAUUGUCGACAACUGUUGCAUGCAGCUUGUUUCAAAACCUGAGCAAUUUGAUGUAAUGGUGACUCCCAACCUUUACGGCAAUCUAGUGGCAAACACUGCAGCUGGUAUUGCCGGAGGCACUGGUCUUAUGCCAGGAGGGAACGUGGGGUUUGAGCAUGCGAUAUUUGAACAAGGAGCUUCAGCAGGGAACGUGGGGAAUGAGAAAAUUGUGGAAGAGAAGAAGGCGAACCCAGUGGCAUUGCUACUGUCAUCGGCCAUGAUGCUGAGGCACCUUCAGUUUCCUUCUUUCGCUGAUAGACUUGAAAAUGCUGUGAAACGUGUGAUCUUGGAGGGCAAUUGCAGGACCAAGGAUCUUGGUGGAAACUGCACUACCCAACGGCUUGUCGAUGCUGUCAUUGCCUAUGUGGAGUGACCCCCACUCAUUUUCCUGCUACCUGCCAGGUUUUGUUUAU